GGGGAGCGUGAACGGGAGGAAUGAGGAAGGAGUCCCCUGUCCUGCGCGCCGCCUCGUCCCGACGCAUGCGGGUUUGCUGAUGAGGCGCCGCUGCGGUUCAGCCGAUCACACAGGUCGCUCGGGUCGCCGCUGCGUGGAAAAACACGAGGGGCAGACACCACCAGCAACAAACAAACAAACUGAGGACAAAACUGCCAGUGCAUGGGAAUCCGGACUCCUCACCCCUCCUCCUGCGCGCCUCGCUCCGCGGAUACGCCGUCUCCGACCGGCGUAUAAGAGCUUCCCUGCGUCUCCAUUACCAUUCUCCACUACUGGCGUCCCUCCACCACUCCUCCUCCUCCUCCUCCUCUUCCUCCUCUUCUCUGACUUCUUUGCACCGCUUCUAUCACAAGUGAAGCUCUGGUGCUGCUGCUUUUAUUCUAUUUUGUAAUUUAAAAAAAAUAAUUCUAUACCGGAUCUUGGACACUGGACAGAAAAGGUUGAAGAUUCUCAUUAGCCGUCGCCUCACAGCGCUGGUCCGGACGUCAACCAUGGGCCGCUGGGAUCGCUCCUCUCUCCUGUCCCCCACCCUGAGGCUAGCAGUCGUCGGCGUGAUCCUCCUCCUCGAGCUCCAUCCCUCGUUGGCCGGUGCCCUGCCUGAGCCCAACUUGGGCAGCUCAGUUUCCGCCGUGUCCACCAAUAAAACUGAAUGCUCCAAGCCGGAGGCGUGCGCAAGGGGGGUGCUCCUCCCCAUUUGGGAGCCCCAGAACCCGUCAUUCGGUGACAAGGUUGCCCGGGCGACGGUGUACUUUGUGGCUCUGGUCUACAUGUUCUUGGGCGUGUCGAUAAUUGCCGACCGUUUCAUGGCAUCGAUAGAAGUCAUCACGUCGCAGGAGAAGGAGAUCACCAUCAAGAAACCCAACGGGGAAACCACCACCACGACCGUUCGAAUCUGGAACGAGACCGUCUCCAAUCUCACCCUCAUGGCCCUGGGCUCCUCGGCGCCUGAGAUCCUGCUCUCCGUCAUAGAGGUCAUGGGUCACGGGUUCCAGGCGGGCACGCUGGGCCCCUCCACCAUCGUGGGCUCCGCGGCGUUCAACAUGUUCGUCAUCAUCGGGCUCUGUGUGUACGUUGUGCCGGACGGCGAGACGAGGAAGGUCAAGCACCUCCGCGUCUUCUUCGUCACGGCCACCUGGAGUAUCUUCGCCUACAUCUGGCUGUACCUGAUCCUCUCCGUGAUCUCGCCGGGCGUCGUGCAGGUGUGGGAGGGGCUGCUCACGUUCUUCUUCUUCCCCAUCUGCGUGCUCUUCGCCUGGGUGGCCGACCGCCGGCUGCUUUUCUACAAGUAUGUGUACAAGCGCUACCGCACAGGCAAGCAACGUGGAAUGAUCAUCGAGACCGAGGGCGAUCGACCACUUCCUUCCAAGGUGGACAUUGAGAUGGACGGGAAGAUGCUCAACUCCCACGGCGUCGACUUCCUGGACGGUCCGCUGGGUUUGGAUCUGGACGAGAAGGAUCUGGACGAGGAGGAGACCCGCAGGGACAUGGCCAAGAUCCUGAAGGAACUCAAGCAGAAACACCCGGACAAGGAGGUGGAACAACUCAUUGAGCUCGCCAACUACCAAGUGCUGAGCCAGCAGCAGAAGAGUCGCGCUUUCUACCGCUGCCAGGCCACUCGGCUGAUGACGGGCGCCGGCAACAUCCUGAAGAAGCACGCGGCCGAUCAGGCGCGGAAGGCCGUCAGCAUGCACGAGGUCCGCUCCGACGCCGGCGACAACGACCCCAUCUCCAAGAUCUUCUUCGACCCCGGCUCCUACCAGUGCCUGGAGAACUGCGGCACCGUGGCGGUGAACGUGGUGCGGCGCGGCGGCGACCUGGGCAAGACCAUUUCUGUGGACUACCGGACGGAGGACGGAACGGCCAACGCCGGCUCGGACUACGAGUUCACGGAGGGCAUGGUGGUGUUCAAGUCCGGCGAGGCGCUGAAAGAGAUCCGCGUGGGCAUCAUCGACGACGACAUCUUCGAGGAGGACGAGAACUUCCUGAUCCACCUGUCCAAUGUCAAGGUGUUGACAUCGGAGGGCGAGGAGCCCGAGGACGGCGAGGCGGCCAACCACGUGGACUCGGUGGCCUGCCUCGGCCUGCCGUCCACGGCCACCGUGACCAUCUUCGACGACGACCACGCCGGCAUCUUCACGUUCGAGGAGCCCGUGUGCCACGUGAGCGAGAGCGUCGGCUGCAUGGAGGUGAAGGUGCUGAGGACGUCGGGGGCCCGCGGCGUGGUCACGCUGCCCUACAAGACGGUGGAGGGAACGGCGCGCGGCAGCGGCGAGGACUUCGAGGACUCGCACGGCGUCCUGGAGUUCCAGAACGACGAGAUCUUGAAGACCCUAAGCGUUAGGAUCUUAGACCGGGAGGAGUACAAUAAGCAGUCCUCCUUCUACGUCCUGCUCGAAUCCCCCCAGUGGAGGCGCGGCGGGAAGGAACGGACAGAGGAGCAGCGGAAGGACGAGGUGGAGGAAGAGGAGGCGCUGACGGCGGGAAAGGACGAAGAGGAGCGCCGCAUCGCCGAGAUGGGACGUCCCAUGCUGGGAGACCACGUCAAGCUGGAGGUCAUCAUAGAGGAAUCGUAUGAGUUCAAGAACACAGUGGACAAGCUGAUCAAGAAGACCAACCUGGCCCUGCUGGUUGGAACCAACAGCUGGAGAGACCAGUUCAUAGAAGCCAUCACUGUGAGCGCAGGCGAGGACGACGACGACGAGGAGUGCGGCGAGGAGAAGCUGCCGUCGUGCUUCGACUACGUCAUGCACUUCCUCACCGUCUUCUGGAAGGUGCUGUUCGCCUUCGUGCCGCCCACCGACUACUGGAACGGCUGGGCCUGCUUCGUCGUCUCCAUCUGCAUGAUCGGCCUGCUCACCGCCGUCAUCGGGGACCUGGCCUCUCAUUUCGGCUGCACAGUGGGCCUGAAGGACUCGGUCACAGCAGUUGUGUUUGUUGCACUGGGAACCUCUGUACCAGAUACCUUUGCCAGUAAGGUCGCCGCCACCCAGGAUCAGUAUGCGGACGCAUCCAUUGGUAAUGUGACGGGCUCCAACGCCGUCAAUGUGUUCCUGGGCAUCGGGGUGGCGUGGUCCAUCGCUGCCAUCUACCACCAAAGCCAGGGGAGGGAGUUCAGGGUGGACCCCGGCCCGCUGGCCUUCUCCGUCACCCUCUUCACCAUCUUUGCCUUCGUCUGCGUCGGCGUGCUGAUGUACCGACGGAAGCCAGAGAUCGGCGGAGAGCUGGGCGGGCCUCGGACUCCAAAGGUCCUGACCACCAUGCUGUUCGUCAGCCUGUGGCUCCUCUACAUCCUCUUCUCCUCGCUGGAGGCCUACUGUCACAUCCAGGGCUUCUAAGAUGACAGGAGAUGACGGAGGGCCGGGUGGGACAGAAGGAGAGCGUGGAAGAAGAAAAACCGAGGGGGAGGUGGGUGAAGGGAUGGAUUUGGAAAUCAAGUCUCCUUGAUCUGUCACUCCCUCCCUUUACGCAAUAGACUGAAUGGUGGAUGAAUGGGUGGAUCUACAGAUGAAGGAAUGUGGAGGAUGCCGUUAAGGCAUCUUAAGACAGAAUGGAAAGAAGUACGGAUACGUUGAAGGACGGCAGCAAACAGGAGAAUUAUGGGAGCUAGACAAAUGGCUCAGAAGAUGGGAAAAUAGUUGAAAAGCGAAUAAACUAAGGAAUACAUGUCUUGUCUCAAUCUCUAAAUCCAAACCAAUCGAGCUGUCUUGAACCUGCCCUUGUUUUGAAAACGUCAAAUGAAUCUGCAAAGUCGCAAAAACACAGAAAUAAACACACAGCUGGUUCGGCCAUUUUGAAUUCUUACUAGAAAAUGAGCCAGAGGAAUUUAAAAACAGACUGACACACCAUCACCGCUCCGAGGAUGUGUGGCUCCAACAACGGCGUUCCCCAUUAAUCCCCCUUUCGUUGGAGCAGCGCUUUCUCCCGCAUCCAGCUACAGAAACAGGAACAAGGGAGACGGGGGGGGGGGGAAAGACAAUAUCAGUAUGUACGCGCAUGACCGGACGAUACUGAGAACACAAUCAGAAGAAAAAAAACGGAUGUGUUGCCACAACUGUUUAAUGACAACCAACUGUGAGAGUGCUGGCGUGUGACUGUGUGUGUGUGUGUGUGUGUGUGUGUGUCUGUGCUCGUGUGCUGUGGGAAGAUGGUCGAGUACUGUGAAGAAAAAAAGACAAAAAAACAACGCCUCUCAUUUUUUCGCUGCCUCUGCGUGAGGCACGCUUCGAUAUUCCGAAGUCCUUUUUGACUCUCGCCUGUAGAAACGCUAGGUAACGCUUCGCGGGAGGGCACAUUCGAGGAAGCGAAAAAGAGGUUUGGAAACAUCACUGAGGUUAGAAAAUGUAAAUACAGAGAGCUGAGCGUACAUCGCGGCUCCACCGUUCGCCAUCCGAAUGUCUCGGGCGGCGCCACGCGCUCCUGAAUGGGCCCUCCUUCUGUCGCUUGAUACUGUAGAUGUAAAUGAUUUAAGGUCUAAUUUUAAUCGGGAAGGGGGUUAGUGUGCUUUUACCUUUAAUAAGGCCAUGUCUGAGAAGACGCGAUGGCCACUCUACCGUUUCAAACUGUUAGAGAAGCUCUUAUCAUUGCAUAAAUAUCUAGGUUAAUAUUAUGUGUUAUUGUUUUUUGUUUUGUUUUGUUUUGUAACUGCGGAAUUCUGUUCACCGGUUCUCCGCCAGUGAGAUUGCCACCGGCGCGUGUCAAUCAAAGCAUUUGCAAUAGACGUGGAAAAUGUUAAGUACCGCCCUCAUUCUUUUUCUUGACUGCCUGUGUCAUCGUUUAUCUCGCUUCGAUGCCGUUUUUCCCAUUGGUUCACUUGACAGCUUCUGUCGUUACCCCAGUGUGUCUUAAGCACCUCCCGCUGGCUGGUCAGUGGACCAAUCAAAAUCCUCAAGGGCUUUGUAAGAAACAACCACUAAUCCCUAACCCUGACCUCUGAUUCACGACUCUUCGUAUGGAUUGGCCCUUCGCGGGCCAUUUAACAGGGAUUUGUAUUCCCCCGACCUUAUACAUCAAUCGCUUAGUUGUUAGGACCUUGCUUCCGUGUGGCUUUAAGAGAAAAGGACAAAAACAAACGUCAAACAAGACUACGUCCAAUAAGAGUUACACAGCUUCAGUUAGUGCAGACGUUGUCAAACCGAGUAUCCAGAGUUACCCAAACACAAGAUGAGCAGACAGAGCUUCGGUCCCCUCUGGUGGACGUUUUCCCAGUUCAUUACAAAAGUCUGCUUUUAGAUUGCAAUUUUGGCGUUAUUCCAAAUGAAACCAUCCACACUAAGUUUUUCACCAGGCUUCCACAUACUGGGCUUGGAAAACCAACUGCGAACUAUUUGCUUCAGCAGGAAGGUGUUAUUCAUUCGCUGUUGAUGGGGAAGUAGUUGUACUAACUAAUUCUUCAGUAGCCCUGCAGUAGCAUUGGGUACAUGAAAUCUACAGCCUCUGACUGUCUCUCUUUACCUUGGAUUAUCUAGCUCAGAGAGGGUUUCGUCUGAAUUCCCUAUACAUCGUCUGAAUUACCCGUGUAUCUCAGCCCUACUCUGGCUGAAUUUUGAGCGCCGAUGUUACGAAAGGUUUGCGCGUGAUGGCACAGAGGUCCGACUGGAUUUGAGUUUCCACCCCCCCCCCCAAAAAAAAUGCGCUGAUGGCUUGAAACUGGAGUUUUUGAAAAUAGUAAGUGUGCUGCUCUAUAGCAACCAAAUAAUGAUCUCAAGCAACAGCCAAGUAUCUUUCAAAACCUCUGUCCAGGCUAACUGUAGCUUGUAGACACGUAUCAAUAUCUGUUUACAAGCUUAACUAUAAAUACUAUAAAUGCUUAAGGAAAUGAACCACAUUAAACUGAUGAGACUGAUGGACAGACAUUAUUGCGAACUAACUGCAAGGAAUCUUUUUAUAGGAUUCAGUCACUGACAGGCGAGAAAUCCUUAAAACGAUAUUGUCUAAAUCUUGUGUAUUUUUGCAUAAAAAAAGCAUUUAAGUGUCCUGUGAUAAGCGUCGAGUAUAAGUCGUCAGGCCUGUUUCGACCGUCAGAGAGGUUUACAAUUCAGACUGUUAACUCUUUUACUCAAAACUACAAAGAUCACGACAUACAAAAAACCGUACUGUACACUUAGGCAUUCGAGAAAAAAAAGUCCAUCGUUUAAAUGGCACUACACUGUAUGCAUCCGAAUUGGCCAGAAUUUUCCUGCUGAUGUUGUUUUUGUUUUUUUUACUCGAUGUAUAGUAUUAUGAGUAGCGUUUUAAAUGUCAUCCGUGAAGUCAGAAGUCUGGGCUCGAUGUAAUCCAUUUAAAACUUUCAACCCCCUGUGGGAGAGCGGAGCUGAGCAGAGCCCUGGAUUGGACGAGUUUGGCAAAUCCUGAGUAUUCUUGAGGAUAAUCACAUAAAACUCUGACACACCAAAUGAUGCACUUGGAGUAGAGAACCACUCCGGCAAGAACCAUGAAGAUUUUAGCCGCUGAUGCCACGUAGAGGUCCAGCAACACGGCUCGUGUACUGAAAUCUGGCCAAACGAUUCAGAAUUCCAAUAAAUACUCUAUCGUCUGCAAACGUUGAGCAAUUCCGGGAAGACCUCGAGAAUAAUAUUACCCUUUGGCAGCCGAAAUGAAGAAUAAUCGAGGCGUCAGAUUCACUUGCAUUUGCCAAACACUGCACAAUGUACGGCUCUCCAUGAAGAGUCUGCCGUUCUCAUGUGAAGGCCUUGGAGUGGCAGUUUACCCCUGUUUUUGCCAAAGGGAACUCUUUCUAUCUGAAUCUUAAUAUUUGCAGUCCAACCUAUGAAGGGGUUUUAUAACUCGUGGGUCUUUCUUAAAAAACACCAAAUAUUAUUCACAUUUCAUCACCACUCUGAGAAAGAAAAAAAAAAAGGAGAAAAAGGACGCCUUGAUAUUGUUUUAGCGCUAACUAGAAUCUUUCUAUUUAAACAUUUGUAUGCGUUUGUCUCUUCACUGGCAUGGAGCUGAAGGUUUAUACACUGAAAAAAAGUUAUGCUUGCUCGUGCAAAAAAGAAAAAAAAUGAUUUCACAUAGUAGAAGCUCUUUGCAUCACUUUUUGAGUAACUCUAACAGGGUGUACUUUAUCUUUGAUACAACUAAAUCAUGUUGGAUUUACUUAAAAAAUGUCCGCCUGCCUAAUUUGCGGUAAUGUAGUCGUUUGCAUCAAGUUAGGUUGCUGCACAAAAGUUUUUUUCCAGAAGCUGAAGCAAUUUUCAUUUAUGAGAGCCAGCUCUUUUUUGCUACGCCGGCUUCGUUGCACCACCUUUUUCUCUACCUUGACCGAAAAAGCCGGUCCGGCGUGACGGCGACGUGCGAUGUGACGCCGGCGCCGGCCGGCCGCUCAAGGCGGCGCAGGGCGCGGACCAAGUUGGGAAGCUGAACGCGUUAGCUGUGACUGGCGAGUUUGCCACGAUCGCAGGCAGGUUGCGUCUCGUCUGCAAGCAACUGGGCCGGGAAAAGGAUCACAGAAUGCACUUAGAUUCAGCUUCCGGCCUUGGUAUCGGACAGGUCAAAGGUUACGACAGGCCAUAUCGCUGUACAUACGGCAUAAUAACACUAAGACCAACGAGCUGUAGAUUUGCGGUAGUUUUUGUUUCAAUAUUCUUCGGUGGUGGUGGUGUUUGGAAGAAGAGGGGAAAAAGUGGGCAGGGUUUCGAAUGAAGGUAAAGCAUUGCACUGGUUCUUUUUUCUGCGUUUGUGUGAAACGGCUGCUGUGUUGUUUCAUUUUCCAAAGUUGCUUCUGAUGUAAAACAACAGCAGAGAUUUUUUUUUUGUUAGUUUUUUUUUUUUCUGAUGUACACAAUAAUAAUAAUGAUGUAAGAAGAAGAAGAAAAAAUACACAGUGGUGUUGAAUCUGUUGUGCACCGUCGGCGACGUCGCCUCCGGUGCGAAGAUUGGCGGCGCGACUUUUUUUCUCUGCCGCGGCCUCGUUCGCUCCUCGCCAGACUGAGGAGCGUCGGCGAAAAAAACGGACGAGACAGACAAACGAACCUAAGAGGAAGGGGCGAACCCCGACCCCUCCGCCGGUACGAGCCGAGCGGUUCAAAAUGAACUGUUGGGAGAAAGAAAAGAAAAGGAAGAGAAAAAAAAAACACAUUACCAGAGCUAUUGUCUACCCUUAAAGUUACAGUACAACAAGUACAACGUCAAAGGAUAAUGAUAAAGAGGAGGAAGGAGGAGGAAGAAGAUACAAAUUUUAAGAAAAAACAAACAAACAUGAAGUUACAGCCAUACAUUGAUUUCUGGGCCAGUGAGACUGAAAUGGACUCCUCCGGCCCAGCAUGUGUAUUGUUAUGUGUCUUAUCUGUGUCUCUAAACCCCCUCGUUCUCCGUCUCGCCGCUGCCGCGGUAACCAAAGGCCGGGCAGCCAUCUUUCUUUGGUGUCCGUCUUUUCCCCCCUCCCGGUCUCCCUAUGCCACGUUGUUUUUUUUCUCUCUCCAUAUCUUGGAAUGUCAAUGUGCUACUUGUUGAUACUGUGCAUGAAUGAUAACAUGUCUGUAUAUAGUUAUAGAGAAUCGUAUCCCAUUCCCCCCCCCCCGCUUGGAGUUGACGAAGAAAAGAAAAACGUAAUGGUUUGAAUGUUGUACAGAUUCAGGAUAUUGUUUCUUGUUUUUGCUUUUCGUCUUUUAUUCUGGGUUUUUUUUCUUUCUCUCUCUCUCUCUCAAAUUAACGUAGAGCUUAACAACAAGAUGUUUUGUUUUUUAUUAUUAUUUAAACGAAGACGGCGACGUCUUCUGUUGGCGGAGUAACUUGCACAUGACAAUUUAAUUAAGGGGGUUGUUGUUGCUGUUUUUUGUUCAAAAAGGCAAUAUCUGCUGUUAUUGAAUGAGAGAUGAGGGCUUAACGGAGUUAUGUAUCUUAGAUGAAUAUGCUAUAUACGGGAGUUGCAUGGGUUAUUUGUACAAAAUAAAGACACUGCUUGCUACUUCUAGUACGUAAUGCUCUGACGGAGGGCGAGGAAUACUAUUAUGUACAUCUAAAGGUUAUUUUGUCAUUAAAGAUAUAAUAAUAAUAUUAAUAACAAUAUUAAUGAUGAUGUGUAUAUACUGUACAGUGUUAUAAGCGAGGUGGACUACAUGGCCAUCACGUGAAGCGCAGAGGACGAAUUCUACAUAUUUAUUUCAAGGAGAAAACACUCAAGAAUGACAUAUAUUGCCUUUUUUGGGGAAGUGGUUGUUCGCUUGUUUCCCUGUCUCCGCCUCGCCUCUUGUCUCCUCAUCUGUUUUUCUUUUCUGCCCUCCGUGUCUCUCUCCAUCUUUCAGUUGGGGGGGGGGGGGGCGUGUCAGACGGGCUUUUUGUUCAGUCAUUUCACAGUUCUUCCCCGUUCUGUCUGUCGACCAUGUGUCCGGCCGCUCAACCCCCCGACUCGACAGCGUCGUCACUCUUCUUCUUCUUUUAAAUCUGUCUUUUUGUAUAAUCCAUCCAUACGUAUAUAUAUACGAUACAUCUGCCCAUCUGUCUCUCUCUAUCUCUCUCUCUCUCAAAGGACCAUUCAUCUGUACUUCUGUCCCCAUGUGUCUGAUUCAGAACGCUCCUCAUUUUUCAAACUAAAUCCCUCUUCUUCUUUUCUUCCUUUUACUCCGGCACAUCUUAUUUUUUUCUCCACCUCCUCAUUUUAUAUUUUUUUUCUCCAUCCAUCCUCAUCCUCCUCUCACCGGGUGUAGUCCGGAAUAUCAUGUUCGUCAUUAUGAUUUUGUGUGCUUUCUUCUUUUUUUUUCCAAUGGAACAAUAACCACAAGUUAUAAUGUUGGUAAUAAUGAAGAUUUCUUUUUCCUUUUUUUGGGGGGGGGGGGGGUUUGUUUGUUUGCCACUGUUCUCUGUAUGUGCGUGAAUAUGUAAUUAUGAUUAUUUUUUAAUUGAUUUUUGGUUGAUCACCAACUGAUAGGAGGAAAGUAUGUAUGUGUGUUGCCACUAACUGUGACUGCUCUCCAUGGUACAUGGUACUUCUGAUAAAACCAAUAAAAUAAAGUUUGGGAUACCGUGUUUCAGAGA